UAGUUUUAAAUAUUUUUGGUUCAUUUUGGGAAAAAAAAAUUCCAUAAAAAUGGUGCAAGAGUUUCACGUUGUUCGUUGCUGCUCAUGUGGUACAUGCCAGGUGCACAUAGUGCGUAAGGAUAAUAAAUUUGUCUGCAAGAUUUGCGGUGAGAAACAAUCUGUGAAGAAGGUAUACGGCAAAGGUUCGGCUAAAGACUGCAGAGUUCAUGUUCAAAAGCUGAACUCAUACAUUGCUCGGAAGGACUCCGCCGCAGACCUUGAAGCAGAAGCAAAAACUUUCGCGCAUCCUAAGGAUGAUUUGAUAGAAUGCAACACGAAUGGAACUUUGAAAAAUAACAGGGAUUUUUUUGAGCUGAAUGUGGAAUCCCCAGUAGUUGCUUUCAGAUCACAGCAAUUCGCAACUGGUCAUGAAGUGCUGGAACCAUUCGAUGGUCCUGCUUACAGCCAGCUUGAUGGUAUGGAUCUGAUGGCAUGUGGAUCGUCUUACGAUCUGCAGUGUACCAAUAUUGAUGAUAAUCAUCCUAGAUUCGAGCUACCCAGUGGGCAAGAGUGGACGAACGUUGAAUCUGGUCUGAGUUUCUCGCACGAGGCGGCAAUGAUUUAUAAUGAAUCACGAUCUGAAACUGCCUCACCUCUCCGUACCUUUCAUGCCGACAAGAUGGAAAACAGGAAAAGAUUUUCCAACGAUUGCAGUUUUGGGACAGAAGUGAGAGUAUCCACAAGCUCACAGAGUGAUGAACAAAAAUACGAGUGUAUUGCUGAACCUUUCCCUAAGAAAAAAAGGCUGGAACAAAACGAAACUUUUUACGUUUCAUCGUCAAAAGACAAAUUUUUGUCCAUGCCAGAGACUGGAAGUCAGCAAGAGCUGCUAAAUGUUGCGGCGAUAAAUGACUCAGCAACUCCACAACUCAAUGAGAAAUCGAAAAAACUGUUUUCGAAAUACUAUGACAAUGAAGACUUAGAUAUUGACUCAUUUUAAAUGAAAUAUUCAAAUAUAAAUGUAAUGAAUGAAUUUUUGUGACAAGUACAAACGAUUGAUAUUCUGUAAUCUCCAAACUGACAGUCAUGAUACUUCAUUCAUUACCAUGCUUUCAGCUUUAAUCCUCCAAUAUAAUUUCCUAGCGUAGAACUUUUAGACAGUCAGCCUUUAUUUGCUAUUUUCGACUUCCUUUUUGGCUACUGAUAUAGCCCUGAUAAACGAAAAAUUUUUUACUUUGACUUUGACAAUACGAUUUAAGGUCUUUGACGGUCCUGUUCAUCGGUUCAUAAUGAAUCACGAUACAACUUACACAAAGUAAAUAUAUUUUAACUUAUAAAAAUAUGAGAGA